CUUGCUCUUUCACUGGAAAUGAGUGCACUUCCUUCUGACAUAGACCCUACAAAGCAGCCAUUACGAGUGUUCAAGGCCCAGCUCGCGGUGUGUACGGUUCUCGGGGUAUCAGCGUUUCUUCUGUUCAGUCUGCUGCGAUACAGAUGGCCCCAUAUCUAUGGGGUGCGAGUGCUGAGGAAGAAUGGGCUGACUCCGUUGCCCAAGACUCUGUUUGGAUGGUGUUUGACGUUGUAUAACGUAUCGGACGCUGAAGUGCUGGAGCAGUCCGGGCUGGAUGCGUAUGUGUAUCUCGGGUUCUUCCGUAUGGCGAUAAAGCUCUUUGCAACGUUCCUUGCAAUAUCGAUGUGCUUUAUAGGCCCUAUACGGUACUACUACACGGGGUUUUUCGAUAGCGAUGGUAUAUCCUGGGACGGUGAGUCAUCAGGAUCUGUGUUAUCGAUCUUCCUCUCGAAAAGUAAGGGCGAUGGUGAUGACGAUGGAGAGAACAAUGGACUCGCCUCUACAGCAUGGAUGUAUGCGUUGUUUACGUACGUUUUCACCUGGAUCGUGUACUACUUUCUCUGGUCGCAGACUGAACUUGUGGUUUCAGUACGGCAGAGGUACCUCGGUCAACAGAACUCUAUAACUGAUCGAACGAUCUUACUCGAGGGAUUACCAACUGAAUUCAACCCUUAUGACUACAGCAACAGCGACAGUAGUUCAACGUCUGAGCUGUCCAGUAAUAAUGAACAUGAAGCUUCUAAAUUUGAUGAAGAUAGACUUAAGAGGUAUAUAGAAGAUCUGGGGAUCGGUAAAGUUAGAGAUAUCUCAAUCGCAUCUGACUGGUCAAGACUCAGGAAGUUGUUCCAAGAGAGGAAGCGAAUCAUGAGAAACCUCGAAGUUGCGUAUUCAAAAUACAUUCCACUAACAGUGGAGGUGUAUACAUCGGGCAAUUUAGAACCAUCAGUGACACCAAGAGAAUUAAUCCCACAAUACUCGGAAUCGGACUCGUUACUCGGCUCAGACAAGAGACCAAAGAAGAGACUGGGGUUCUUGGGGAUAUUUGGUGAAGAGGUUGAUGCAAUAUCAUACUAUUCCAAUAAACUUGUUGAUGUUGAUAGAAGAAUUACAGCAGAACGUCAAAUGGUGAAUCUACCCGCUGCCAGAGCCGCAUUUGUCACCAUGGACUCCGUGGCAUCGGCACAAAUGGCUGCUCAGACGGUUAUUGACCCUCACUUGUACAGAUUGAUUGCAAGGUUAGCUCCAGCACCACAUGACAUCUGCUGGGAUAAUUUGUGCCUAUCCAGAGGAAACAGAUUCCUCAGAUCUAACUUGAUAACUUUUGUCAUUGCAAUCUCUACAGUAGGGUUGAUCUUUCCUGUUAUUUACUUGUCAACUUUUAUCAACUUGAAAACCAUUCAAAAGUUCUGGCCAGCUUUGGGGGAUCUGAUAUCUCAAUCUGAUACGCUAACAUUACUCAUCGGGUUGGUUCCACCAUAUCUAUAUACUCUCUUGAAUGUUUCUGUUCCAUACUUCUAUCAAUACUUGUCAACGUUGCAAGGUUACAUCUCUAAUGGACAAGUGGAACUAUCUGCAACUUCGAAGAACUUUUUCUAUCUCUUCUUCAAUUUGUUUUUGAUCUUUACUUUGGCAGGGACGGCGACCAACGUUUGGGCCUUGUUCUCAGACACUACAAAAGUAGCUUAUGAGCUUGCAAAUUCUUUAAAGACGUUGUCUUUGUUCUAUGUCGACCUUAUCCUGUUACAAGGAUUAGGCAUGUUCCCAUUCAGAUUACUACAAGUGGGUGAUGUUUGUCUUGAAAUUAUAGCAAAGAUGUUCUACUGUCGUACAGCAAGGGAUUUCAGAAACCUUUACUACGUCCCACCUAUCUUUGACUUCUCCUUGGUACUCCCACAGCAUAUUCUCAUCAUGAUCAUCACCAUGAGUUACUCUAUCAUGUCUACGAAGAUCGUCACAGCAGGUUUGGUGUAUUUCUUCCUAGGAUAUUAUACCUACAAAUAUCAGUUAAUGUAUUCUAUGGUACACCCUCAACAUUCGACUGGUCAAUCGUGGCCUAUGAUCUUCAGAAGGGUGUGUCUUGGACUGGUGAUAUUUCAGCUGACCAUGGCUGGAACGUUGGCUCUUGAGCACGCAUAUUUCUUUGCCAUUAUGGUGGUACCACUUGUACUUAGUACGUUUGUGGUAUUUUACACAUUUGAGAAGGACUACUUGCCAUUAUCCUUUUACAUUGCGCUUAAGGCCAUAAAGAAGAGCACUCUAACAAGUAAUGUUGGUUCUUCUACAGCCUUAGCGUCACCUACAAAUGAAGCACAAAGAAGAACUGUUAAGAAGAGGGCAAGCACACUGGAUGAACUCAGAGAGUUGAAUAAGAAGUAUGUGUGCCCAUACCUUGAUGACCCUCUUGAUGGACCAAUAAUUGGCUUUGAUGGAGAUUAUCUACAGCAGAUCCGAUUUGAUCCAACGAGUCUUCAUGGCCAUAUCAUCAGAAAGUAUCAUAUAUCGUCCGAAUGGGAAUGAAAAUGUAAUUCAUUUGCCCGUUAUUUCUUGUGAUCUCCCCCAUAAAUGUUGCUGGUCUCAACCUUGGGAAACUCUGGGAAGUUAAAGUAUUUUAAUGGGUCGAAGUUGUUGUUCUCGCUCUGUUCUUGUGGACUGUUCUUGAGCCCUCUCGUUGAUGAAGCUUGUGGUGAUUUCACUGGACCAUGAGUUGCCGGCUUGAAAAGCGUAUACGAG